AUGUUUAGGGAUAGCGAAGGACCACCUGGACCACCAGGCCCACCGGGCAAACGGGGCAAGCGUGGCAAGAAAGGUGAUCCAGGCGAAAAAGGCGAUCCGGGCAUCAACGGCGUGACUGGCGAGAAGGGUGCUGCGGGCAGACCGGGCGAUAAAGGUCAAAAGGGUGAUGUUGGCCAUCCGGGCAUUGAUGUCUUUCAAACUGUGAAGGGUUUGAAACGAUCGGUUACCACCCUACAUGGCGGCACUUUAGGCUAUGCAGAAAUUGUUGCUGUCAAGGGCUUACAAGAAGCCGGCGUGAAUGUGUCAGCCACCACUGUCAUACAACUGAAGGGUGAACCUGGCGAACCAGGUCCACCUGGACCACCCGGACCACCUGGUGAGCCUGGCUCACCGGGCAUGAAUGGCGGACGUGGCCCUGAAGGUGAAACGGGCUCUCCGGGACCUGCUGGACCACCAGGCGAACCCGGACCAAUUGGACCACCUGGCGCGCUGGGCGCACUAGGACCUAAGGGCGACAAAGGUGACCGCGGUGAUCGUGGCCUCACCACGACCAUUAAAGGUGACGAAUUUCCCACCGGCAUCAUUGAGGGGCCACCAGGUCCACCAGGACCACCUGGACCACCUGGCGCACCUGGCGAACGCGGUGAAUUGGGCCCGGCAGGACCGGCUGGCCCACCAGGCGAGAAAGGACCGCGCGGCAAACGCGGCAAGCGGAUUUUCGGUCCCGGUGGCGCUAAGGACGAAGACUAUGAUGAUCCCCCAGUGCAACUGUUACGCGGCCCACCCGGUCCGCCUGGCAUGCCCGGCAAGGAUGGUCGCGAUGGACGCGAUGGUGUUAAGGGUGAUGCGGGCGAGCCUGGAGAGCCUGGUUCUCUUGGACCACGUGGUUUGGAUGGUCUACCUGGUGAGCCCGGUAUUGAGGGCCCACCUGGUCUGCCUGGUUACCAGGGACCACCUGGCGAGAAGGGCGAUCGAGGCGAUAUUGGACCACCAGGGUUGAUGGGUCCACCCGGCCUGCCCGGUCCACCCGGUUAUCCGGGUGUGAAGGGUGACAAAGGUGACCGUGGUGAUUCAUAUAGAAAAAUGCGUCGGCGACAAGACGAUGGAAUGUCGGAUCAGCCACAUAUGCCCACUAUUGAAUAUCUCUAUGGGCCACCAGGGCCACCCGGUCCUAUGGGACCACCCGGCCAGCCGGGUAAGCAUGGAGAACGUGGCAUGGAUGGGCGUAAAGGUGAUCCGGGUGAGAAGGGCCAAAAAGGAGACCAAGGACCAAUGGGUUUACCUGGUCCUAUGGGUAUGCGUGGCGAUUCUGGCCCAUCUGGCCCCUCUGGAAAAGCUGGCUUACCGGGUCCACCGGGGCUAGAUGGCAUGAAGGGUGCUCAAGGCGAAACUGGACAAAAGGGUGAACGUGGCGAUCCUGGACUACCGGGCACUGAUGGCAUACCCGGCCAAGAGGGGCCGCGUGGUGAGAAGGGUUCACGUGGAGAUGCUGGACCGCCAGGCAAACGCGGACGCAAAGGUGAUCGCGGUGACAAGGGUGAGCAGGGUGUACCCGGACUGGACGCGCCUUGCCCACUGGGUUCUGAUGGCCUGCCAUUGCCGGGUUGUGGUUGGCGACCACCAAAGGAAAAUUGGCAACAGUGGUUAAAGGAGGAAUUAAAUGCGAUACAGAGGCCUGCGAGAAAUUGAAAAUGCCACUCAACACAACACAUUUCAUUUGGAAAAAAGAACGGAAGUGAAAUUGGAGGCUGAUCUAAAUAUACAGAUCGACCAGUGUGCAGCUUUAAAUGGUGCCCAAAUGAAUCUCUAAACCUACCUACCUAGCUACUAAGCUCAACGUAUUAGUGUUAGUAACUAUACUAUCUAAUUCAACGAAAUACGAUUGAAAUUUUAAUGCGAUGGAAAAUACAUAACUAUGUAAUUAUAGAGUUAUGCUUGUUCUAUGGAUAAUAAUGUAAUGGUGUCCCAACUAAAUAACAGAAUACACUAACACUAUUCAAUAAAUUUUGUAUGUACCAAAAUUACUCCGAAUCGAAUAUGUAUGUGAAAUGUAGUGUACAUUCAUACCUUCAUACAAUAAUACAUACAUGCAAAGCACAAUGAAACACUAUCAAGAAUCUUUAUUCACCACCGUUUUUGUGUUAAAAAAUAUACGAUUUUACGAUUAGUCGUCUAGCAACGACAAACAAUGAUAUUAACUUAAAUAAUAGUUACCAUUCUGUAAACCAAACUGAAAUGAGUUAUGUAAAAUGAAACUAAAUUAAAAUAAAAUGCAGCCAUACAUACAUAUAUAUACUUAUAUAUAUAUACAUCUAAUAUUACUUGUAAUGCAUAAAUCUAGAUGUACUUUAUCAUGUAUGUAUUUGCCUAAUGCGUAACAACGAUAUACAUAAAAGCUACUUUUAUUGUUCAUUCUUAGUAUUUAGAUUUUUGGACAAUACUUUUAUAAAUAGAAUUUAAAUAUAUUAAAUUAAUAAAUAAAAAGUAAAUAUACUUGUAUUUAACAACACACCAA